AUGAUUGCAAAAAAUUCUGUCUUCUAUCUAAUAUUUCUCACUGAUACUGACAAACUGGCCAUUUAUUGCAGAGCAGCAGCAUCCAACAUUUCGUCCAAGCCCGGUUUGGGGUACACUGAUAAGAGAAUAAUCAAAACAGCUCAAUCCAUUGCAGAGCCUCAAGCUUCAGAUGCUAUUAUACUGGAUUUGCCUGAUGAGAACCUACCAUCAGAAUUCACUGGCCCUAGAAGUCAAGUCCCCAAGGAUGUCAAUGUUACCUCGAACCAGCUUUAUCUGGACAGCAUCAAGACCGGCACCCAAUGGGGUAAGAAAACUUCUUUUAUGGGCUUGUCAAGUUUGAGUGAUUCAGCCUCGUGCAUCUCAACUGAUGGUGAAAGAGAGAGUUCUGAGGUUCAGAACAUACAUAAGCAAAUUGUGCACAUUGGUGAGCUCCCAAGUUUUGAUCUCGGAAUUUAAACACGGCCUUGAUAUGCAUACAUAUAGAUUGGGCUCAUCAUGAUAGUCAAUUGUUAUUGAUGUUUACGGGAUUAAAUCAAUGUUUUAAGACAUGGACCAGACUU